UUGACAUAUAAUUUUAGAAUUUGAACUAUGGAUAGUAAGGAAGUUCCUCAAAUACGGAAUCACCAUUAUGGGAUGCACAACGCACCAAAGUUUUACAUGGGCAGGAUCUGCUAGGCCAUAUACCAGUCAGAUUCUAAAUAUGUAGUUUGUUUUGACUACACGCAGUGUGCCAGGAAUACACUAAACCAUGUAAAAGUUUAUAGUAUUUAAUUCUACCUAUGUCCUUAACAGCUAUUUUCUUUGUUUCUUCAGGCCGAACAUUUUCAACAUCCGCUUUCUGGAGAGCAUUUUGUCAAGAUUGAAUUUUGUGUUGCAUCUUCAGUUAAGAGGCAUUAUGCAAACAGGAUUGAGUGCUACCUCUUUCGUGCAUUGCUUUUUUUUUUCAUGUUGUACAACUUCAGCUCCUUGUGAUCGGCAAAUUCAAUGACCUGAAUCUCGUAUAGGAUCUAGGUAUUGUAAAUAUAUUCCUUUAAACUAUUUCAAGCAAAAUAUCCAUGAUCAAACGGGGAAUCAUUCGAGAGAAAUCAUUUCUAAUGCACGUUGCCAUUAUUUGGAAAUCUAUUUGUGUAAUUUCCGAUCGCGAAUCCUUUGUUCAGGGAUUGACAAUUUGACGAGGUAAAAUGGGGAAUAACUGAAGAAAAAUUCAGUCUUUAGUACCAGUAAAAAGGAAUCCCACUACACUUUUUCUGUGGCUUUUGUAUCUUUUUUUUAAGCUUUGACUAUAUCAAUGGGUAAAAGUGACUGAUAUAAUGAAUUCAUAUAUCCUCACUAACCGAUGUUUAUGCAUAGCGCGGAAAGUAUUUUUUCGAGUUGAAGUAAAUGAAAUAAUUUUAUUUCAUGAUAUUUAUCAAUUGCUGCUUUUCAAUCAUGUCUUGGAAGAUGUCAAGGAAGUUCUAUGUAUAACCCUUAAGUUGUAGCUACAGGUUAAUUAGUCUUCUUUUUUGAAAGGUGAAAAAAAGUAUUUAUCGGUCUAGAUUUUUAGUACUAUAAUAUAUGGCCGUAUCAGAAUGCUCUAGGCGAAGCAAAAGGCGACAGAAGUUUGGAAUUGACUGCAAUGACCUCCUAGUGUGGAAGGUUUGGGAGCCUGAGCAUCAGUACACACGGCAGGUAAUUUUUAAGAAUGUUGGAAGGGAAGCACAGACUAUCAGCUUCAAGUUGCCUACGUACAGAAAUACGUUUCUUACACCCUUUCCAGAGCCUAUUUCUCUGAGAAGUGGCGUGCCUUUCACUUUAGACAUAACCUUCUGCCCUCUCGAAGUAGUUGAGGUACACGAUAGUAUUGAGAUUACAGUGCACGGGAAAGGAUCCUUUAAUAUCAAGUUAGAGGGUCGUAUUCCCUAUGCCAAGCUACGUUGCACGCCUAGAAGACAUGAUUUUCAACUUUGCAGUGUUGGAUUUACCACAAGGGAUCGGAUAUCUAUGGUUAAUGUAGGUACAGUUCCUUUGGAGUUCGUAUGGGACGUACCAUUACCCUUUGCGAUCACUCCACAGCGUGGUUUCCUGAAGCCCAAUGAAACCCUCAAAGCUUCUAUAGCCUUCACACCACUGGAAGCCCGGCCUGUCUUUGCGCAGUGUGUUUGCCGCUUGGCCAGCAUUGAUGAGGCCUUAGCUGUUAUUGAACUUUCAGGUGUGGGGAAGUACCCACAUAUUUCAUUUGCCAAAGUGUCCGGUGAUACCAAGCGCCAGGGGAAAAUAAAAAUAUCCCAAGACACUGCACAGUUUCAACAGAUCAAUCACGCACACGUGCGCGUAGACUUUGGUGCUGUGGCUGCUGGUAGCACGCAGAGUUACGAAUUAUUCCUGGAUAACCCUUCACUCGUGACAGCCCGCGUCGGAGUACGACGUGAGGACGACAACGUUGACUGCCCUUUUCAGAUCAGUUUGUCCAAUACUGAGACAUCCCGAAUGCUUUCUCCGUCGCCCCUAUUCCUCGGGGAAUCCUUGACGGAGUUUGAGAUUCCAUGCAAUAUAAAGCGGAGUCUAAUUUUUACUUACAAGGCUAAAGGGAGUGCAGCAUAUCGGCACACCAAUGUGUUUGAGCUUCGCGCAGUGGCCGGCAACGUGCUUCACGUGAGCACAACUGGUAUGAUUAGUACCUCCCACGUGUCUGCCUCAACGAGUUAUUUAGAUUUUGGGGAUGUCAACUUGGAGCAGUUGUCGUCCCGCGACGAACGCAGCUGUACUGGUGUGAUCCAGCUUAAAAACAAAGGUAAGUUUGUUACGCAUUUUCAGAUUCAUGGUGUUACUCUCGGCGGGGCCUUUUUGGUUGAGCCGAGCUGCGGUGCGAUCGAACCUCGAAAGAGCGUUUAUGUAAAGGUACGUUUCUAUCCAACGGAGCCAAUCAACUACCUCCGUAGAUUGUUUAUUUUCGUGCAGAACAUGAUUUCAAGCAUCCUUUUUGUGGAUCUUUUUGGCUCUGCCUACAAUAUUGUCAGCCGUCCGCCUCUCUUUGGUCUGCGGGAGGUUGAUACAUUCUUCAUGUGUAUGAAACACGGCCUGGGGAUGUAUACACCGCAGGAACUGAAUGUAUUGGCGAUGGCCACCUCAGGAGUAUUAGAGGGCAAUUUAUUAGCUUCAAAGACCAACUUUAGCAGCGCAGCAAGUACAUUUGAAUGUAUAAAAGCAAUUCGUGAAUUAACCAAGGAAGAGGUGAACUCUAAAGAUGGAGACGCUGAGAUUGCGCGACGGCGGGUCGGGUCGAUGCAGAUCGACGCCAUGCUUCACUUUCUCAACUAUGGAUUCCCUUCUCCGUUUUCAAUGGAAUCAAAGCCAAUUCUUUCCUUUGAAGCUAAUGGUAAACAGCAGAUCCAGACGGUCGUUGUGCGUAACGAAUCCCACGAAACAGCUAUCGCCACCUGGGUUCUCCACAAAUGCUCCAUGUUUGUUGUGUUUCCAACUCAACAGGAGAUACCCGCAGGUGAGCAAUACACAUUUCAGGUCACGCUAAGUUUGGAUAGAGUUAGCAACGAUCAGUCUGUGGUUCCGUCCAUGUCGCUUCCACAGCGAGAGGUGGGGUGUGCACAGGUUUUAGAAUGCUACGUUUCCUACGUGCGAAUGCUAUCCUUCCGAAAUAUAGACAAGCACACAUUUAUCCCACCACACUGCUUUUUUGUGCCUUGCAUUAUCAGAAGCCAUUUUAAUGCUGUGUCACAGUUCACAAAGGAUGAAAACCUUGUGCAAAUAAGCAGUACGCUGACAACGUUUACUGCCACUCGUGUUGGUGGUACAACGUACCAAAUCAUUUCCUUGCUGAAUCUUACCGACUCAUUGCUCUCGUACGAGAUCACCAGUGCCGCGUUGCAUCGUGUGAGUGAAAAGUUAAGGGAAGGUGUUGUGCCCAUGCUCAUCUCUGAUGAGGGUGCAAUUUUGCAAAAGCCUGGAGUCACGUCUCCUAAUGCCCCUUCUCUACCUAACUCUGCCUCAGUCUUCGCAUGUAACCCAUCCAUAGGAUGGAUAGAACCCCACAAACGUGCUCUGAUUUUGUACAGCUUUCAACCGACAAGCUACGCCCACUUCGAGGCUGAGGCCACACUCAACGUGUUUUGUGAACGACAAAUGCAGUCAGUAAAGUUGCGACUGCUGGGCGAAUCAGAUGCACCUCUCCUUGUCGUCACGGGGACAUCCAUGAGUGCUGACGGUAGGCAGAUUCUCUUGAAGCCUACCUGUGUAACUGGCGAAUCCCGUCAUGUGCUUCAGAUGUAUAACCCAACUUCCCUUUCUAUCGCUUAUGAUUUGUUGCCUUCCCCUGAUCUUAUGGGCAUGCUGCAUUUCGAACCGGCGGAGGGGCUCCUAAACGGGGGGGAGCGCUCUCACCUGACGGUCUUCUUUAAACCUGAGGCAGUGUCGAGUUUUAAGGGGAGUGUAAUGCUCCUUUUGCGUGACACAGACGACGCUACCCAUGAAAACACCACUCUGUAUUCUGAACCAACUCAAUCUAAAGCGUAUUAUGGGCAUAUUAUCACAUGGCAAGUGAGUGGUGAAGGAGUCUAUGGCAAACUAGAGGUUGAACCUACUGUUAUGACCCUUGAUCGAAGCGAUCCAAACAGUUCUGAGGAAAAGACCACUGCGAACCUCACACUCUACAAUAGCGGUAGGUGUGAGUUGGCAUACGAGGUAGGUGUCUGGGUUGUAUCUGAUCCAGCUGCGUUGGGUGAAGAGUCUCCUAAUCCGAUGCUUUACAACCACACCGGCACCCUCCCUGCACGGGCUCAUUGCACUGUCCUUGUGACACCAUGCCACUCUGUUAGUGGUGGUGUUGGCGAGUACAUUCUAUAUGUAAUGAUAUCUGGGACAGCUGACUUUAGUACCACACGCAGGCCUGAGACGCUUGAGGAGGUCAUGGAGCAUCCACACUGCAAAUUGACGGUUCGUACCAAGCGUCCAGCGGUGCAGAUCGCUGACGUCCGCUCACUCACUCAGCCUCGAUCGUCUCUAUGGCGGCGUCUGUCUAUCAACGAGCUCAACACUCAGCUUGCUGCCUCUAUUGAUAUGAGCGAUGCAAAUCCAUCGUUCCACGCUUUCCAUCAGUAUAUCAGUGGCCUUGUGCCUAUCGCGAUGAACAUCGCUGUGGGCCUCCAGCACGCGCCAUCGAUCCGCAUUUCUCUAGUAUUAGAAAAUACUGGGAAUUGCGAGACCUCCUUUACAGUGUGGUUGCCGACGGAGUCAGAUGUGUCCCAGGAAACGUGGUUUGUUGAUCAGGAGGAUCUCAGUGGCAUUCAACACAUUCUGGAUGCUUCUCUUAUUGAUAUCAAACCGCGCCACGCCACCAUUGGGGUAGGUGGCGUUGCUGUCGUGACCAUAACAUACCGCUUUAGCGAGAUUGGUACACAUGUCCUUCCCGCGGUGUUUAGGCUUGAUGACGGGAGGAGGGCCUUGGUAUUACUUGAAGGGCGCACCAUGCCGGCUGGUAUGAGCUGUUUGAUGUUUCAUCACAGCUCGUCUAUCUAUCAUUUACAGCCUGUGAUGCUGGGAGACAUGGAGCCACCAAUGCAGUCUAUUAUGCUGGAGAACCCCCUUGACCGUGAGGUAACUUACACGGUAGGCAUUCAUUCUAUUCGAGCUAUCGCUGAACAGAACUACAACUUCCCUAUUUUGCAAUGCGUCUCCCCAGUGGGUACGCUUGCGCCGUAUUCUAUAGCGUCACUGCCAUGGUAUUUUAGGCCGCUUGAAGCCAUCGAAUAUACCAUGGAUGUACCUAUUUACACCGAUACGGGUGAAAGUUACACUCUCACACUGAUCGGCCGAGGUUACCACCCUCAUAUAACACCUGUUAGAGAAAUUCGGCAGUGGAUUGACAACUCCUUUUUUUCCGUACCUACCACGGUUUCCAGGUGUGACCACUUAUCUCACAUAUCCUUAAAUGAAGCUCCAGUGUCUCUUUCCCCCGAGGUGAUGACCUUUGGUGCAGUACCCUUUCAUGCGCUCUACCGACGUUGCUGUACAUUGACAAACCACCAUCCCACAGACGUUUACUCUUUCAAAUGGAGUCCUUCCUACACGAACGGUGAUCACACCCUUUUUAUAAACCCAAAGGAGGGCGUUAUUCCACCCAACGGUGGACGUGUCGUGUGUCGGAUUGCCUUCAAUACUGGUAGCGUAAGUCAACAAUUAAUGUGGCCCAUUCUGUGCAUGAUUACCAACAACAUGAUGACAGGUGCAAAUAUGCCGAAAGGAACUCCAGAGAGCACUGCAAUAUCGUCGAGGACACCAGUGGACUCCGAGGAAUGCAUAGCGGCUGAUGGUCUUGGGAUUUUUGCGUGUGGUGAGGCCGGCAUGCAGGUAACUGGAGGUUCAGCCCAGUGUAGUACGUUCCAUCAGAAAAAAGCACGAGCGGUGUCUCCACGUUUGCCUUUGACAGCCAUCCCGCCGGAAUCUAUGUCCCUGAACGCGCUGUCCAGACUAGUAGAGGAAACCAGACGGCAGUACGAUGAUAAUUUUCUUGAGCUUGAUGAUGUCUCACAACCGACUCCGAUGUACGGCACACUGGAGCUGUUUAUCCAGGCGCGUAUCAUGCCAGUAGAUAACUGGGAAUUGUUGUAUGAACAAAAAGCCAAGUCAAGAGUUUACCAGCCGUCUAUGCAUCUUUACACAGAUUCACAGCCACUGGACAUUUCCGGACCAAUCACGAUGGAAGAACUUCAGGUGACUCGCAACGUAAUGGAUGAGAUGAUACACAUGAUAAUCGCACAGCCCCAGAUUCAAUCGGCCUUUACACAACCCUGUUUUAUUGAGGAGCCGGUUUAUUACAGGGACAUGUUAGCGAAGCAGCACAAGAUGGAUCGGCUGCCUAUCGCCAAUUCUUCGAUUGAAACCUCGGAGGUAGUCGAUAACGUGAAAAGGGAGGGGGAACAAACACCACCGAUUGAAGAAAGCCCUCAACAGAGCGGGUUGUUGAAGUGUACACUGGAGGUCGCAUUAGAUGAAUUAAUUCUGGAUAUUGCCACAAGUGUGGUAGAUGAAAUAUGA